AUGGCCGCCGCGGCCCGCCACGUCCCUGGGACGCGCCUCCUCGUGGCGCUCCUGCUGCUGGCGCUGGUCGUCUCUGGGCACUGCCUGGACGCGCACCACCGCGGGCUGAAGCGCCGCCGGCGAAAGCACGAGAUCCACUCCCCGAUCAAGACGGUGGUGGUGGUGGUGAUGGAGAACCGCAGCUUCGAUCACAUCCUCGGCUGGCUCCGCCGCACCCGCCCCGACAUCGACGGCCUCACGGGCCGCGAGUCCAACCGCCUCAACGCCUCCGACCCUUCCUCCCCGGAGAUCUUCGUCACCGACGAGGCCGGCUACGUCGACUCCGACCCCGGCCACGGCUUCGAGGACAUCCGGGAGCAGAUCUUCGGCUCCGCCGACACCUCCGCGGUGCCGCCCCCCAUGUCCGGCUUCGCCCAGAACGCGCGCGGCAUGGGCCUCGGCAUGCCGCAGAACGUCAUGAGCGGGUUCAAGCCCGACGCCGUCCCCGUCUACGCCUCCCUCGCUGACGAGUUCGCCGUGUUCGACCGCUGGUUCGCCUCCGUGCCCACCUCCACGCAGCCCAACCGCCUGUUCGUCCACUCGGCGACCUCCCACGGCCUCACCUUCAACGCCCGCAAGGACCUCAUCCAUGGCUUCCCGCAGAAGACCAUCUUUGACAGCCUCGAGGAGAACGGCUUGUCUUUUGGCAUCUACUACCAGAACAUCCCAGCCACGCUCUUCUACCAGAGCCUCCGCCGCCUAAAGCACCUCGUCAAGUUCCACCAGUACAGCCUCAAGUUCAAGCUGCACGCCAAGUUGGGGAAGCUGCCAAAUUAUGUGGUGAUUGAGCAGAGGUACUUCGAUUGCGAGAUGUUCCCAGCAAACGAUGACCAUCCGUCACAUGAUGUGGCAAGGGGACAGAGGUUCGUGAAAGAGGUGUAUGAGACACUGAGGGCCAGUCCGCAGUGGAACGAGACAGCCCUGAUUAUCACAUAUGAUGAGCACGGUGGAUUCUAUGACCAUGUACCUACGCCGGUCGUCGGAGUGCCCCAGCCUGAUGGAAUAGUUGGGCCUGAUCCAUACUACUUCAAGUUCGAACGGCUUGGGGUGCGUGUUCCCACCUUUCUCAUCUCACCUUGGAUCGAGAAGGGCACUGUGAUCCAUGAACCAAAUGGUCCACAGGAAACCUCACAAUAUGAGCAUUCGUCCAUUCCUGCAACAGUAAAGAAGCUAUUCAAUUUACACUCUAACUUUCUGACAAAGAGAGACGCAUGGGCUGGGACCUUUGAGAACUACUUUAAAAUCCGGAAAACACCAAGAACUAACUGUCCAGAGAAGCUGCCAGAGGUGACAAAGUCACUGCGACCAUUUGGUCCCAAGGAAGAUUCAUCUCUCUCGGAAUUUCAAGUGGAGUUGAUUCAACUUGCCUCACAGCUUAACGGUGAUCAUGUACUGAACACAUACCCAGAUAUUGGCAGGACCAUGACUGUCGGGAAAGCGAACGCCUAUGCAGAGGAUGCUGUCGCCAGAUUCCUGGAAGCUGGUCGGAUUGCUUUGAGAGCUGGUGCAAAUGAAUCUGCUUUGGUGACGAUGAGGCCUGCUCUCACCAGCAGGGCCUCAAUGUCCUCUGGUUUAUCAUCAGAGCUCUAA